CUUUAUUAGUUCACUUGGAUGUCAGUUUAGAAGAAGAUUAUAUUAAUUCUAUUUUUUAAAAUGGUCAGUAAAAAGUUUCAACAUAAAUUGUGGAAAGCAGUCAAUGAAUGUCGGACCGGUGCUAUUAAAUGGAGUCUUCAUGGGGAUUCUGUUGUUUUUAAUUUUCGUCAGUUUAAGAAAGAAUUUUUAGAUCCGAAUGAUACAUUUUGUAAAAGUAAUAAUCUUUCAUCGUUUAUUCGGCAACUGAAUCUCUACGGAUUUAGAAAAAUUUUGGAUAUUUCGAACAGCCAUGUUGUCGAGGAUUAUAAAGAAUAUACGAAUCCUAAUUUCGUAAAAGGAAGACCAGAUCUUCUUAAACGUGUUUCAAGAAAUCAUUCGUCUUCGGUUAUUCGAAUGACCCGCACCAUAAAACGUGAGGUAGAUUCUGAUUUCGAAGACGAUGAUUAUUGCAAAGUAGAAAAAAGACGACGUAAAAGGAAGAAGUCCAGAAGAAGCUACAAUAAAGCUGUAAAGACUCAUCAAAUACUGAAGACAAAACAGCAAAUUAAAAAAGAGGUAAAAGAAAAUGAUCCGUAUGUUGAAAAGAAAAUGAGUACCAAACUGCAGAUGAAAAAUGUUUGUUUUGAUAAGAAUAAUUCAUUUGGAAUGGAAGAUAAUAAUCUAAAGGACCUAACAAAUGUACCAGAUCCGAAAGGAGUAAACAUUUUUGUUCGAAAGACUAACUUGAAGAUGAAUCGGUAUGAUACCGAAAGUACUUCAAAAAGUGAUUCUGUACCUAGAAGAAAACAUUUUCUCGAAGGAAACGCUAAAAUAUCUUCUGAUAGUGGAAAAAGUCAAAAUGCUGAAGUAAAGAUUGAGCCUGUGGAUUUAAAUGCUAAUAUGUUUUUGAUGAAAGAAAAAAACCCUGAAACAGUUUGUUUAAAAGAGAGAAAUAUUUCUGGGUGUAUUUUGUUGAAUUCGUCAAGAGAAAAGCGAGAUUUGAUGCUGAAUACAAGCCAUAGUUUUUCCCCGAAACCUAAUUUGGAAUCUGAUGGUAACAAGUCGAAUGACCAUUUGAAUGAAAUGUGUGAAAUGGCCAGACGCAUGGGGGUCAAAGUAUCCGAAAGAUUGAAAAGUCUAACGGAGCAAAAAAAGAUAAGUGAUUCCUGUGCUGCCUUCAAGUUCUCAAGACCACCUUUGUUUCUUCUCAGAAGAAAUUUCGAUGACGACAGCGACCGGAUAUUUACAAGAGAAAACAGUUCUAAAACGCUGCUUUCAGAAGCAUAUCGCACUCCUACUCCCGAUAAGAGAUUGAGAAUUAAAAUUCGAAUUUGAGAUUAUUAUUUACUGAGAUGAAUUAAAACAAUUUUUAACGGAAUUUUAAAAUUAAGAUGUCUAUUUAUUAUUUUAAAGAUAUAGAUUUAAUUUUUGUAUAGGUUUUAAAUAAUUUUGAAAGAAGUUUUAAUUUAUUUAUCAGAAAGGUUCCUCAUUCAAGCCUGUGAUGUAUUUUAAAGAUAUUAAAUAUUUAUUAUGCUAUUGACCAACUUUUAUUUAAAUUAUCAUCUUAUGUCAGACCUAAUUUCAUUCCUUUGAACUGUAGUAUUCUGCUAUUAAAAUCCAAAGGUAAAUAUAUUUGAUUAAAAUUUAUAACAACCAUUUUUUGUCCAUGAUAUGUUUUUAUAUUAUUAAAUAUAUUAUUACAAAUUAUACAUGUUUUUAUAUUAUUAAAUAUUGAUAUUUGAGUUAUAAUUCCUAUUAAAUUCUGAUAGAAAAUUUGUUAACACAAUUUAAAAUGUCACACUCUUUGUGAAUUCGAUUUUAGAUAUUUCAGACGGAAUGGAUUUUUUUUAAAUGUUAUAAGUUUAUGUGCAGUUAUGAAAAACUAUUUUCUAAUGAAGAGUUAGUUGUAUAUCAUUAAAUUGGAUUAAAAAUUCUGCUAUAGAAAUUUACUUUAUUGUUUAAAAGUAAGUAAAAUU